AGUCAUGGCUUUGUCUCGUCGUCUUUGCUUGCCAUUCUUAUGGCUUCUCCUCCUGUCAUUGCUUGUGCUUGCUUUAGCUGAUUCAUCUAAAGAUGAUCAUUAUGAUGCCGGCAGUCCUCAGCCAAAGCCCAACUAUGGUGAAAAACCAAGCCUUUACAAGACGGAACUAGAAGUAGAAGCAGAGCUCGAGCAUGGUGCAAAGUCGGAAGAAGGAGAAGCAAAGUCAGGCACUGGUUACAAUAAGCCACGGCCAGAAGGAGAAACAAAGCCUGAGUAUGGUGAAAAACAAGGCGUUUACAUGCCUAAACUAGAAGUAGAAGUAGAAGCAAAGGUUGAGUAUGGUUCAACUUCAAAGCACAGCCAAUAUGAUGCAAAUCCAAGCACAGAUUACAAGCCAAAGCCACAAGGAGAAGCAAAACCAAUCCCUGAUUACAAGCCAAAGCCAGAAGGUGAAGUAAAACCAGUGUAUGGUUCAAAGCUAGAAGGAGAAGCAAAGCCCUACUAUGAUGCCAACCCAAGCACUAAUUACAUGCCUAAUUAUGAAGCAAAAAAAUACACUUACAAGUCCAAGCUAGAAGAAGAGGGAGGGAAGGCUAAAUAUGAGAGAAAACCAUAUGUUGUUCUAACAAAAACCAGAAGAAGAAAAGCCUGAAGAGAAAGAACAGCUACUCCCCAUCGGUGUUGAAGGGAUCGUUUUAUGCAAAUCAGGUUCUAAUUACUAUCCCAUAGCAGGGGCUUCAGCAAAAGUAAAGUGUGUAGCAGUUGACGAGGUUGGGCUGGAGAAAACCGUCC